CCGCUGACCUGCGCAGUGCGUGCCAACACCACCGGCCAUGGCCUUCAUCGCGCUUCCCAAGCUGUCCCACGGCAGCAGCAACACCGCCGGCGGUUGGUUGCCGCACGCGACGCAGCACCGAUGGCGACCACCCGCCGUGAGCAGCGGCAGCAACAGUAUCUCGUUUGUUGCCGACACAGGCAGACCACGCACGUCUCGAGCAACCGCUGCUAUCAUGAGCAUGUUAACAGAGCCAGGAGCCGCCAACGUUGCCUCCAGUAGCAGUAGCAGUGAUAGGAAUCCCUCCCCAGGAGUAGGAGGUCUUGGCGCGAUAGCGUCGACUCAACCUGCCGCAGCAACGAUGAAAAGAGAAAAGGGCAGCAGUUUCUCCAAGCGCGGAGCAGCAGGAGGACCGCGCACCGGCAGGGCGCUGCCACGCGACGGCCGGGCGAGCUUCCGCACGAAACUCGCGCUGGACAAGAUCGACGCGGUGAGGAAGGACGACUGGAAGAGAGUCCUGGUCGAGCUGGAUAAGGCGGAGCUCGCGGAGGGGAGGGCGACGACGAACAACGCAAAGGCGCCCCCCGCGGCGGUGUCGACCUAUGUGUACAGCAAGUGCAUCUCUCGCAUGGCCAAGUGCUUCCGCUGGGGCGAGGCCCUCGACAUAUUGGCGAGGAUGGCAGAGCUGGGGGCCAUGCCGAACUCGUACUGCGUGAACGCUGCGUUGGACGCGUGCGGCAAGGCCGGGCGGGUCCAGGAAGCCCUGGGCCUCAUGAGGGACGCGCGGGCAUCGGGGAUAGAGCUCGACGUUGUGAGCUACAACUGCGCUAUCCCGGCCUGCGUCACGGGGGGAAACUGGGAACUGGCCCUGAGCAUGAUUCGGGAGAUGGAGGCCGAGUACGGCAUCAAGCCGAAUCACAUCACCUACCAGGCGGCGAUAAAGGUGUGCGGGAGGUGCGGCAAGGCUGAUGAGGCGGCUAGUCUCCUGAGAGAGAUGAAGGACGGCGGCGUGCCGCUCAAGACGUCGGUGUACUCGGCGGUCUUCAACGCCUUCCGAAGGGUCGAUCACUGGCAGGCAGCGGCCUCCACGCUGCGCGAGAUCCACGACUGGCCGGUCAAGCCGAACGUCUUCAACUACAACCUCGCCAUCUGCACCUGCACCGACUGCGGGGAGUGGGAGGAGGCCCUCGACCUCCUGCACUUCAUGCGGGAGGUCGGCGGGGUGGAGCCGGACGUGGUGACGUACAACAUUGUCGUGGCUGCCUGCGGGAAGGCUGGGCAGGGGGAGAAGGCGAUCGAGAUAUUCCGUGAGAUGUCAGAGGUUGGGAUCAAGCCGGACGUGAUCAGCUUCACAACGGCGAUCUCCGCCUGCGGCAGCUGCGGUCUGUCCGAGGAGGCCCUGUCCAUCUUCCGCGAGAUGGAGAGGGCCGGCGUGCGCCCCAACAUCAUCACCCACAACGCGGUCAUGUCCGCGUGCAUCGCCGCCGGCAAGUGGGAGGAAGCCCUCGACUUUUUCACCGAAGUGGUUGACGGCAACGGUGCCGCUGACGGCGGCGGCGGUGGUCCUCCGCGUGAUCCGGUAGAAGUGGCCGAUGCGUGCAGCUACAACACGGCCCUAUCGGCGUGCGAGGUGGGCGAGCAGUGGGAGCGGGCGUUGUCUUUGUUGCGCGAAAUGCCCAAACGCGGCGUCCAGCCCGUUGUAAUCAGCUACAACACGGUCAUCUCGGCUUGCGGCAAGUGCGGAGAGGGAGACCAGGCGCUAGCCCUCCUCCGGGAGAUGCCAGAGAAGGGCCUCAAACCCGACGUCAUCACCUUCAACUCGGCCAUCGCGGCCCUGAGCAACAGCGGGCGGCCAGACGACGCGGUCCGCCUCAUGAGGGAGAUGCCCCGCGCGGGCGUCGCCGCCGACGCCAUCACCUACUCUUCCGCCCUGACCGGCCUCGCACACGCCGGCCGCUGGGAGCAGGCGCUGUCCCUCCUGAGGGAGAUGCAGGGCUCCGGAGUGAGCCCCACGGUGAUCUGCUACACGGCGGCGAUACGGGCCUGCGGGGAGGCUGGCAAGGGGGACGAGGCGCUGUUGCUGCUGAGGGAGAUGCCGACGGCGGGGGUGACCCCCAAUUUGUUCUCGUACUCGGCUACGAUAUCGGCCUGUGGGAAGGACGGGCGGUGGGAGCAAGGGCUGGCCCUUCUGAACGAGAUGCCCGCUCUAGGGCUGACGCCGAACGAGUUCUGCUACACGGCCGCUAUCACGGGGUGCGGGAUCGGGGGGCAGUGGGAGCGGGCCGUGGCCACCUUCAGGUCCAUGAUCGCUAGCGGCAUCCAGCCCACCGUGGUGGGGUACACCUCGGCGGUGUCGGCGCUGGCGCACUGCGGGGAGGUGGAUCUCGCCCUCGAGCUGCUGCGCGAGAUGAAGGAAGAGGCCGGCAUCGAACCUAACGAACAGACGUACGCGGCCGUAAUCCUGGCGUGCGGAAAUGGGGGGCAGGGGCACCUGGUGGCCCAAAUCCAGCGCGACAUGGCGAGCGCCGGUAUUACCCCGAGACUCACGGGGUAUCUCUCGGCGAUCCGCGCCUCCGGAGAGUGCGGGAACUGGAGCGAGGCCACGUCUCUGCUGGGGGAGAUGGAGGCGGCGGGGGUUCCCCCCACGGUGUCGUGCUACAACGCGGCCAUAACGGCGUGCGGCAAGAGCGGAAAGUGGCAGGAAGCGCUGGACCUGCUGGACGAGAUGCCUGGGAAGGGGCUAGUGCGCGACUCGGGCACGCUGUCCGCGGCAAUAUCGGCGUGCCAGAAGGCCGGAAGGGGGGUGAAGGCGGCGGGGCUGGUGGAGGAGAUGCUGGAGAUGGCCAAGGACAAGGGGGGCGAGAGGGGGGCGCUGGAGGGAGCGGGUGCGGCCGUAACAACUAUGCCAGGAGCCAGCCCCAGCUUUGUCCAAAACAUCUCGACAACCAACCUCCCCUAA